UCCGAUUCUGUGUUUGUCAGACUCGAAAUCCGAGGGAGAGGAGCGAGCCGCCAUUUUCUGAGCGUCGCUCUCCCAGAACAACAAAAAAUAUUAAAGAUAAACGUGGUAGAUAUUACUAGAUUUGAUCAAGAUAGAGUCUGGAAUAAAGCAAAGCAAAAAACGAAUGAUAUUCAAAAACAGUCUGACCGGAAAGAAUCCAGUUUUUCGUUCUAUAAUAUUAACUACAUAGCGAAGUAUGUUUCUUACUGGUUGUUGUUUCGCCCAUUUCGUGAUUACGAGAUAAGAGCGACACGGGAUGGCAUACAGCGGAUCUCAUUAGAAAAGGGUUCGACUGGAAAGGAAGCGAUUGUCCGCAUUACACCGUUAUCCUUGUUAUUUUUUAUUUUUUAUUUUCCUGCGAACUGCGGGGAAUUGUUGCUGAAAUUCCCCGGGACUCUGCCUUAUCACGUGGCUGUCCUCUGGCGGGCCAGUAGGUGCGUGGUGUGGAGCUGGCCUCGGCACCGGGAGAGGCCGCCGCGCCCGCCCCUCCGCACUGCAUGGCUGCGAUGGCGCCCGCUCUGACCGACGCGCCAGCCGAAGCUCACCACAUCCGCUUCAAACUGGCCCCCCCGUCCUCCACCCUCUCUCCGGGCAGCGUGGAGAACAACAGCAACGCCAGCAACAUCCUCAUCUCCAGCAACGGUGCCGUGAAGCGCAAGGCCCUGGCCUCGGCCGGCGAGGAGCGCUCCCUGGACUUCCGGGGCGGAAGCAGGGAGGAGCAGCAGCCCGCCGAGGCGGCGCCCAACCCCCUGGGGAAGCUGCAGCCGCUGGUGGCCUCGUACCUCUGCUCGGACGUGACCUCCGUGCCCUCCACUAAGGAGUCUCUGAAGCUGCAAGGUGUCCUCAUCAAGCAGUCGGUCCUGAAGACCCACGGCAUCCUCCCCAACUCCUACUUCGGGGGCUCGGACUUCCUGCCCAGGAAGCACCAGACUCUGGAGCUCUCCGGAGAGCAGCUGAAGAGCCUCAUGAGUGCCGGAGGACAGCCAGUGGCCAACGGCUUGGCCAAAAAGCUGGCCAAGACCGGCGCAAACAGGGACCACACCACCUUGGUCAACGGAGGCAGGCCUCCCGCCAACCAGAACUCCUCGGCCCAGGCCCCUCAGGUGGCCCACCCCGCCUCCAAAGGGGACCAGGCUUGCCAUGUAGCAUCGCGGGAGGCCACGGUGAUGUCCUGUACUGUGGCCAACGGCUCGGACUGCCCCGACUCCGAGCCCCAGACCCCCGGCGGUCGAGCCGAAGGGCCCACGGUGGACGGGGCAGCGGCCUCCCCGGUCCGGGACUGGCAGCUCUCCCCCUUCAGCAGCCUGGACACGGAGGUCAGGGACCGCACCAUGCUGAGCCAGAGCCGGCAGGGCGAGAUGGAGGGCCGUCUGCGCAGGCUGCGCAAGCGGCUGCAGGUGGUGCAGGCCAAGCAGGUGGAGCGGCACGUGCAGCAGCAGCUGGGCGGCUUUCUGCAGACCACCUUCAGCAAGCUGCCCAGCCUGGACGCCCUGCGGCAGCGCAGCCCAGCUGUGCUCACCCGCAAAGCUGAGGCGGCCCUGUGGCGGGCGGCCAGCGACCCCGGGGCCGAGGACGGGCUGGGCCGCUUCCUGAAGGGCGGCUCGGUGCCCAGCGAGCUGGAGCGCCUCUCGCUCAGCGGCACGGCCAACCUGCGCACGGCCGAGGGCGCCUUCGACUCGGACGCCACGGAGAGCAGCUCCGGCGGGGAGACGGACGUGGAGGAGGAUGAGCUCACCAAGGUGGACAUCGAACAGAGGCACAUCUCACUAUGGAGGAGAGCAGAGGGUCGCUACGCACUGGAGAGGGCCACCAUCGUCAGCCACUGGAACUGGCUGCAGGCCCACAUCUCAGACCUGGAGUACCGCAUCCGGCAACAGGCUGACAUCUACCGACAGACCCGCGCAAACAAGGGUUCGAUAGAGCUGGGAGACUGUGCCCUGGGCGAGGUGCCCAUGGAGGAUGGGCCAGAGGUGAAGACAGAGGUCAUGCAGGAUGGUGGGUGGUCUGAGGGGCCGGAGCGUGUGGCAUCGCCUCACUGCCCCGUCGCCGAGUCGGGCGUCUGGAAAGCCAGCGGCCCCGGCCGGCCAGUCAACGGAAUGGUCAACAGCCUGCACCCCGGCCUGCCCGAAUGCGCUUCGUCAGAGAGCCCAGACCCGGACGACCAGACGGGCAAGAAGCAGCGGCUCCCCGGGGCCCUCCCCUCGCCCCCCGACAGCUCCUGUGUGGCGGCCCGCACGCGCCCCGUCCUCGGCUGCAAGAAGCGCAGGCUGGUCCGGCCCACCGCCGUCACCAGCCUCAGCCGCAAGCAGGUCCAGAGGGUCUGCAGCUCCCGCUGUGGGUGUGAGGUGAACCCCCUGUGCGGCACGUGUGCGGGCCGGCCCGUGCCCAGCGCCGAGCUCCCAUACGAACAGCCUCUCCUGGAGCGCCUGUCCCAGCUCGACCACAGCGUGCACCCCAUCCUCUCCUUCUCCGACGACGUGUCCAUGGGCCUGCACUUCCAGCGGGUGAUGAAGUCGCACUGGCACGGCAAGCCCCUGGAGAAGAUCAAGCCCCUGAAGAAGCUGUCACUCAAACACAAGCUGUCGCUCGGCAACCGCCUGCACGACCCCUGCUCCUCCUCCAAAGACAAACAUAAGCUCUCCAGCUCACUCCUCACCGGACUCAGACUCUCACACCACAAGACGAGGCCGGAGAAACUGCACCGUCAGCACCUGGAGGGCCGCUCGCUCUGCAAGGGGGAGCGGGGCCAGGGCCUGGGGCCAGGGGCCUACGAGAGGGGCCACAGCCGCAAGAGGCCCCGCGAGCACUACCCAGAGAGGACAGAUGCCAACCCUAAAUUGUGUGUGGACGCAGGCAGUCCCUGCUCGCCCCUGGGCGGCCUGCACACGCCCUCCCACAGCCCCCUUAUAAGGCAGCUGUCCACCUCCUCAGAGAGCUCCACGCCCGUGGGCCCUGGCAGUCAGAGUGCCACCAGCACGCCGCAGCCCAUACGGAGGCGAAGAGGCGAAAGCUCCUUCGACAUCAACAACAUCGUCAUCCCCAUGUCGGUGGCCGCCACCACUCGAGUGGAGAAGCUGCAGUACAAAGAGAUUCUGACGCCUAGUUGGCGGGAAGUGGACAUUUUUGCGAAGCCAAUCGCCGAGGAGGAUGAGAAUGUUGAGGUGGAGGAUCUGACAGACGCUGCCUUCUCUCAGCUGCACUUACCGUGUGAGGAUCAGGAGCGCUCGCGGUGGACUUGGAUGGCCAGCGCUCCUGCUAAGAGGAGGGGCAGCAGCCCCUUGAAGCAGUCGCUACCGCAGUGCACAGCGUCCUUUAUCAGCGCUGACCUUCCCGGCCCCACGUCCUGCAGGUCGUACAAGUCCCUGGACGGGCGGACAACUCCCGUGCUGGGUGGCACCAACCCCUCCACGCCCCAGCCGGCCUCUCCGGACACGGCGCACCUCCAGGACUACGGCCCCCUGCCCUCCCCCCACAGCCCGGCCAGCCCAGACCUGCUCCCCCUCCCCCGGGACUCCCACCGCCUGCUCUCCAGUGAGGACACCCGCUGCUCCACGCCUGACUUCACCUUCGAGGAGCUGACGGUGCAGCCGUGGGAGCGCCGGAACUUCCCGCUGGAGGAGGACCCCGCCCUGGAGCCGGCAGAGCAGAGCGGCCCCGAGGGCGAGCAGCCGGGCCCCGGGGCCCGACGCGCCUCCGCCAGCUACAGGAGCGAGUCCGAGAGCGGCCCCGGCUCGCCGCUCCCCAGCCCCGCCGGCGCCCAGCGCUAACAGACACUUACCCCCGACCCCCUCCCCAUCACCUACUGGCAUUAAAAAAACAAAAGCUACAACAAAAAUGAUAUAUUAAAAGGAUUCCUGUUGUUUGAUAUUCAAACAUCAGCCAAAAAAUUUUCACAGUUUUUAGUGAACAUACUGAAUAUAGAAACCUGUUUUUAAAUGUUUUUUUGUUUUGUGUUUUUUGUUUUUUACAUAUUCGCUUUCCAUGUGACAAAAAUAACCGGGAAACUUCACAAACCAUUACAAAACCAGGCUGAAGGCUAAACGGAGAUAAAUGUGGCUCGGUAUCAUUUCUAAUGUUGGGUGCACACUCACGGAGAACUAUGUAGCAGACCUCUCUAAUGGGGCUUGUCAAAUGUGGGGGUAUUUUGAUUAUUUGAUGUCCUUGACCCAUGCAAGUUAAGUGUUAAUGGCAACCCCCUCAUUUUUUUGCCCCAUGCAUUGCAAUGUUGUUUCCUUUUAAGAGAACAUGCCAAAAGUUGUGUAUAUCAUGUAGUUGUUCCACAUCGUUUUUGGUUACCAUGAGCACUUGCUUUGCAGUUUUUAUUUUAUUUUAGUAUUUUUUGGGGGAGGGGGGGUUGACAGCUGGGGAGAGUUUCCCUGUCCCUAUAUUGGCUAAACGGCUAAAUCCCUGACUCAUCAGCAGUAAUAUUACUAAACAUUAUGCAGUGUUCCGCUUUGCCAUUGACCUUCUUGUGUUUCUGGCAGUUUGCUGGUCAGUAGAGUCGCUAUUCCUGUUGACCCUGUAUAUUCUGCUGACAGAUACAUACUCUGUGUCUUCAUCAGUGAGAGAGGAGGGGUGGGGGCUGGGGUGUCCUUUGGUGAAAACGGGAGUGAAUCGUGGCCACUGUACAGCACUUUUCUCCCAUGGAGCACUGCUCUGCGCUGAAGCACCUUCCUUCAAAAGCACUGCCUGUACAUAUUCAGAACAUACACAAAUCACUGGCCAAACCAAAGGAAGUCACACGGGGUAGAGGGUACCUCCAUUAGUUUCGAACCCUUCUCUCGGAGGCGAGCAGCUUAUUGGUGGGAAGUGGGGUUAAGAAGUUCGGCUGUCGGAGUGGUCUGCAGGAAGACGGCAGGACGCGGUCACGCGAAUGUUCAGCGCAUGGUUACGGGUCUCACCGUCGCGCCAAGGGGGCUCGUAUGAAAUGUGCAAAUGUUCUUUGUGACACGAUCCAUUUUUUGUCAUGAUGCUUGUUGGAGGCGUUUGUGAACAGGGGUGUUCUCUUUAAAAGGAAGCCAACAUUUUGCAAGUAGCAGCUUUUUCUGAUGGGCACAUAGACCUCAGGUUUCAGAGUUUUAAGGGAAACUUUUUGACACAUAUUAUUCCUCAACUCCUGCUGCUCUGGUAGUAACCGUUCAUUGUGAUCGGUCAGAUUGCAAGACUACUUUGCUGCGUAAUUCUUUUCUUUUUGUCACCCUACAUUGUGUUAAUGUCAUUGAUUAGCAGAUUUCUUGAAUUUGAACUAUUCCCAUCAAAUUGCAAAUUGCUAUGCAAUCUGGAUUGUUAAAUACACAUAUAUGUACAUGUAUAUGUCACACAAAUAUCAUAUUACACACGUACAUGUAUGCAUAUAUGUAUAUAUGUUAAAUAUAAACAUAUAAAAUUCAUAGGUUAUAUUUUAUGCCUCAGUUGUGAUUUUCAUUCAAUCCUGUAUCACUGUAUUCUGUUUUUGUAGUUACACAAGACAGGUUUCAAUGUACCAAUUUAAUUGUUGCAGCAGUUAACGGAAUCAAUCGUGGAAUUGUUUUGUAUAUAGUACCAUUAAAACCAUGUUAAAACUUU